GCCCACAACUUCAGUGCGGUGAUCAACCUCCGCUAGUUCAGUUCGCGAUCGAUUAGUGAGUGCGUGAGGAAGUGUUUGAUAGGAUGAUACUCUUAUCACUGUUAGUGUUCACCAUGAUCGCCGGGUCGGCGUUCGGUGAAACCGAUAGUCGAGGCACGUUUGAUGUACCGUUAAGCCGUAACCGGCCCAACUGCGUCAAGUCACCAACGACGGCAAGUGGCAGUGCGAUUCAGCGGGGGCGCAAGUUCUGCAGUGGCGAGCUUAUCUUCGAGGAUAAUUUCGACUUCUUCGAUUUCGAGAUCUGGGACCACGAGAACACGCUUGCCGGCGGUGGGAAUUGGGAGUUCCAGUGGUACACGAAUAACCGCUCUAACUCGUUUGUCGAGGAUGGGAAGCUGUUCAUCCGUCCGACGUUGACCGCCGAUGAGUUUGGCGAAGGGUUUUUAACCUCUGGGACGAUCAAUUUGAACGGCAACCGGCCAAUUGAGCAAUGCACCAACGGUGCCUUCUACGGAUGCGAGCGCCAGGGAACGGAAACUCACAUUCUGAACCCGGUGAAGAGUGCCCGCGUUCGUACGCUGCCCUCGUUCAACUUCAAGUACGGCCGGGCUGAGGUUCGAGCAAAGCUACCCACCGGCGAUUGGUUGUGGCCUGCGAUCUGGUUGCUGCCCAAGCGGAACGCGUACGGAACAUGGCCGGCGUCGGGCGAGAUCGAUCUGAUGGAAGGCCGCGGCAACGAGGAUUUCACGGUGAACGAUGUUCAAAUUGGUACUGCCCAGGUGGGACAAACGCUACACUUCGGACCAAACCCCAGCAACAAUGGGUGGAACACGGCGACGGGUACUAAGAAUGCACCGGCCGGUGCGGAGUUCAAUAAGGAUUUCAAUACAUUCGGAUUCACGUGGACACCGGAUAACAUGACCGUCACCGUGAAUGGUGAAGCAACGCAGACCUUUGAGGCUGGAGAGGGAUUUUGGAAGCGGGCUGGAUUCGAUAAAAGGAAUUUGGAGAAUCCGUGGCGAUCUGCUACCAAGAUGGCUCCAUUUGAUCAGGAAUUUCACUUCAUUUUUAACGUGGCGGUCGGAGGUGUCAAUGGAUAUUUCCCGGAUAGUGCGAAGAACCCAACCGCUAAGCCAUGGCUGAACAGCUCGCCAAAUGCAGCCACGAAUUUCUGGGACGGACGCAGUAACUGGCUUCCUUCGUGGAACUUGGAGAAGAACGACGGAAAGGAUGCGGCAUUGCAGAUUGACUACAUCAAGGUGUGGGCUUUGUGAAGAUUUCAUCAUAUCAUGUAGACGGGUUUGUUUGGUGGAUGGACGAAUAAAAGUUGACAACAACGAAAAA